CUUUCCAGGAGCCCAGUGGCAAGGCAAGCGGUUGUGCAGGAGAACUGCACAGCCCCAGCCAGGAGCCGAUGGGUUAACACACCACCCAUGGCGCUUGAGUCACCCCAGGCUUGGGGGACAGGCCAGCAUAGAGCAGCCUUCAGAUAAAACAAAGUACCUUCUGCCUAGCUGGGCUGCAGAUAAAAGAUGCCAUGGCAUUUCUUGUGAAGCCUGGAGGAGACUGCCAGUGCUGAAGCUGAACUCUCUCUGCCAACAAACAAAACUGUAUUUAAACUCUGAGGCUGUGUGUGAGCUAUUGUUUGGGACAUAAUGGCUUCUCUGUUUCCCUGCACAGUCAUUGCUCUGCAAACAUGCCACUGGUCUUUUUUAAAAGUAGUUCAGUGUAAAUCAAGUUCUAGAACCUGGAAAGACAUUUCAUCCAUUUACCUUUUACUGCCCUCAGUUGACAUUUGUUUACAGAACAGCACAUAUAGUAGAUUUACAUCUUGUUUUGAGCUGCUUUACUUGGAGAUGGAAGUCUUUAGCACUCAGACUAAGACUCACAUAUACAGGGCUUGGAUAGCAAAUAUAUAUCUCCUAAUUUAAGUAACAGGAGGGUGAAGUGAGGUGGAGGGGGCAGUGCUUGCUAUUCUCCUCCUUCUGAGAAGAGUUUUGCUUUGGCUGGCCUGGCCUUUUUCCUCUAGUUAGCUCAGUGCUGGCAUACUCACUGCUCCCUAAUCCUGCUGCAAGGCAGCGAGUGCUGCUCUGACUGCUGGAGUUUGCUCUCCUUUGGGCUGUUGAAGAUCCAUGGAGGAUGGGACUGAUGAAUCCACUCUUCAGCCGCAAUGCCGGGGAUUGGCUUGUCUCUGAGGAUGGCAGAUGCUUCGGUAAGGAAGAUGAAGAAGCACUAUGUGGUGACCGGAGUGCUGACUGCAGCCCUGUUGGGGCUCAUCUUGUUCCUGGUUCUCUUCUUCGGGCUGCGCACUCGCUUGGAGGACAUACACAUUUAUCAGAGGGCGGCUGUGGCUACAGAUGCGGGGCAGUGCUCAAUAAUUGGAAGGGACAUCCUUCAGCAAGGAGGAUCAGCAGUGGAUGCUGCGAUUGCAGCUCUGCUUUGUGUAGGACUCAUGAAUGCUCACAGCAUGGGCAUUGGAGGGGGCCUCUUCUUUACCAUCUACAGCAGCACAGGAAAAGUGGAAAUCAUUAAUGCAAGAGAGGUGGCUCCAAAAAGAGCAUCGGAGGACAUGUUUGGGAACAACACACAGCUCUCUCUGAAAGGAGGACUGUCCAUUGCUGUUCCAGGAGAAAUACGUGGGUAUGAACUGGCUCACAAACGUCAUGGCAAACUGGCGUGGAAAGACCUGUUUCUACCCAGUAUCAAGUUGGCAAGAGAAGGAUUCCCUCUUGGGAAAGGACUUGCAGCAGCCAUCAAAUCAAAAAAGGCGUCAAUUGAAAGCAAUCCCUCACUGUGUGAAGUGUUCUGCAGAGGAGGGAAAAUUCUGCAUGAGGGUGAUAUCGUCAAGAUGCCUAAACUAGCCAACACAUACGAGAUUAUAGCCAUUGAAGGAGCAGACGCAUUUUACACAGGAAGCCUGGCGAAACAGAUCAUCGAUGACAUCCGCAGUGCAGGGGGCAUUGUCACUUUGGAUGACCUGCGGGACUACAACGCAACAGUGAUCGAAGACCCCAUACAGCUCACGCUUGGGGAGUUUACCCUUUACACACCUAGUGCCCCCCUGAGCGGCCCAGUGCUCGCCCUCAUUUUAAACAUCCUGAAAGGAUAUAAUUUCUCUGCUGACAGCAUCAAAACCACGGAGGAGAAAGGUUUGACUUACCACCGCAUUGUGGAGGCAUUUCGCUUUGCCUAUGCCAAGAGGACUUUACUGGGAGAUCCAAAAUUUGUCAACAAUACAGAGGCAAUCGGGAACAUGACAUCAGAGUUCUUUGCGGAUAGUCUCCGGGGGAAAAUCACAAACAUCUCUCAUCCAGUUGACUACUAUGAGCCAGUAUAUUACACUGGAGAUAAUGCCGGUACAUCCCACCUCUCCAUUGUGGCUGAUGAUGGCAGUGCUGUGUCCGCCACCAGCACCAUCAACCAAUACUUUGGCUCUGAUGUGCGAUCCAAUGUGAGUGGAAUCAUAUUUAAUGAUGAGAUGGAUGACUUCAGCUCGCCUUACAUAAUCAAUGGAUUCGGGAUCCCUCCUUCUCCAGCAAAUUUCAUAGCACCAGGUAAACAGCCGAUAUCUUCUAUGUGCCCCUCCAUCUUGGUGGAUAAAACAAAGAAGGUCAGGAUGGUGGUUGGUGCUUCUGGAGGAACAAAAAUAACCACAGCAACAGCACUGGCGAUCAUGAAUUCCAUCUGGUUUGGUUAUGAUGUGAAGAAAGCAGUGGAAGAGCCCAGAAUUCAUGAUCAGCUUUUUCCCAAUGUCACGGAGCUGGAGCAGGAAAUAGAGGAGGCUGUAGAAGAACAACUAAAGAAGAGAAAACACGAUACCACACGGGUGAGCGGCGGUGCGGUUGUGCAGGCCGUUCUCAGAACCGAUGACGGAUGGGCUGCAGCCUCCGAUUCCCGGAAAGGCGGCUUCCCUGCAGGCUACUGACAUGGCUCAGCUCCUUUUUUCAGUGUCUAGUGAGACACUGAGGUGUGUUUGGGGGGAAGAUCCUUUAGGUCUGCAACUCAGGGACUUCUCACAGGAAAGAGAACAAAUUUACUUGUGGUUCUGUUGACAGAGCUGGGACAGUUUUCUACAGCCGUGACCGAAGUGCCUCAUGCCACAGCAGUCUGCUAAGACAGGCGCGUCUCCCAGGACGUGCAGUACUUACUUGAAGAGUCUGUUCUGCCUUGAAGAGUUUGUUCCCUGCCUCCUCUCCAUCCUGUGAAGACAGAUUGGGUACCCAGAGUUUCCAAAAAGGUCCAGCUCACCCAAGCUGCAGGAAGUGUUUCCCUUGCACAACGUCAGCUAUAAGGAAUGUCCCUGUCACUGCUAGAGAUGAGAUUUGUUUCUUGUUGAGUAGACGGGGGUUGCAGGACUCUGGAUUUUCAAAGCUACAAACUGAUAGAUCUGUGCCGUGACAGGAAGCCCAGCUCUAGCCUGGGGUAAGUCUUCACAAACUCAUCACUCUUUCUUUUAAGAGUGGUGUUUCUGAUUUUCAUUUCACUUGGUUAUUGGAGAUGAGUGGGUAAAUGGGCAAAUGGCUUCAAACUUUUUUAUAUUUCUGUUGAGAAGGUCUAAAGGGAAGAUGCUACCUGUAAAACUCUGAGCACAACUAAAAUAAAUAAAUAUGGAGUCACAGA